GUGGAGGAAUGGGGAGAUACGAGUGGUAAGGGGACGGAGUAAGACGCGACGGCGUCGACGUACCCGGGGGUGGAAACCAUCGGCCAGACGGAGCCUAAUCCAAGGACAGUUUGCUCUCCCGCUUCGGUAACCCGGGUGAAUAACCGCGUCCGCUUCCACCUGUGGGAUACAAAAGUACACACUCCAGGACUGCGACUGCGGGAGCCUGGUGAAUAAUGUUCAAUUGACGAAGCGGCUGCUAGGAAUGGCCCCAUACAGCUCCGUCUUCUUGGGGAUCUGGGGAGUCUUCGUUCUUACACUGAUUCAAGAAUCCAAGCCCGUCAGCUGGGAGGAAUGGUGGACAUACGACGGGAUUUCUGGUCCCGCGUUCUGGGGUCUCAUCAAUCCCGAGUGGUCCCUCUGCAACAAAGGUCGCCGACAGUCCCCGGUUAACCUGGAGCCGAAGCACCUCCUCUUCGACCCGAAUCUGCAACCUCUGCACCUGGACAAACAUCAUGUGAGCGGGGUGCUCUCCAACACCGGGCACGGGAUCGUCUUCGUCGUCGACAACGACAUCCGCCUUCCCGUCAACAUCUCCGGAGGCCCUCUCAGCUACCGAUACCAGUUCCAUGAGAUACACCUCCAUUACGGGCUCACCGAUCACUCCGGAAGCGAGCACACGGUCGACGGAUACGCCUUUCCGGCCGAGAUCCAGAUCUUCGGGUUCAACUCCCAUCUGUACAACAAUUUCUCGGACGCGUUGCAUCGUGCUCAGGGCAUCGUGGCGGUGUCCCUCUUGCUGCAAGAGGGCAACCUCUCGAAUGCGAGGCUGAGGACGUUCACGGACCAGCUGGAGAAAAUCACAUUCCACGGGGAUGCCGUGAAAAUUAAACACUUCACCGUGUACGAUCUGCUGCCGGACACGAAGCAUUACAUGACCUACGACGGCUCCACCACGAUGCCGGCCUGUCACGAAACCACCACGUGGAUCAUACUCAAUAAGCCCAUAUACAUAACGAAGCAGCAGAUUCUCGCCCUGCGCCACUUAAUGCAGGGAAAUAGCGAGAAUUCAAAAGGGCCGCUUGGAGAUAACUUCAGACCACCGCAACCUCUUCAUCAUCGUUCGGUUCGAACGAAUAUUGACUUUAAAGUUCAGCAAGGAUCUAAAAACUGCCCAACGAUGAACAGGGAUAUAUAUUACAAAGCUAACAGCUGGAAAUAGCCAUGAAGCCUCGAGGAAGCUUCGAUCGAACCGCAGUACUACGCUUUCUUUCGAAGGAGUUGGAACUUCGCUGUAAAAAAUUGACAUAUCAACGCGCACACGAGAUGCGAAUCUUUGGGACGGGUGGAUUCGCGUCGACGUGAGGAGAGAAUUGCUUCGUUGUAACUUAUUAGACGUGAAUUGCCAAGUAUGUUUCCAGUAACGGAUAACCUAUAGUUACAUAGCGAAUUAAAAGUAUCGUAAGAGUAUAUGAUAUAUUAUAUACAUAUAUCGAUUACUAUGAAAGCUAUUGACUAUCGUCGCCUGCGAGGGUGAGAUGCGACUAUGUAUAAAAAUGCAUACGUGACAAAGCGUAUGACCGAGCGCAAAGUUUAUACUAUAUUCUUGUAAUAAAA